GGCGGGGCCGAGCAGAGCCAGCCGCGGCUGCGGCGAGUCGCGGGGGCCCGCUGCGGCGGUGCGCCGCGGCGUUCGGCUCCGCCGCGGCGGACUCCGAGGCGGCGGAUGCCGAGGCGGCGGACGCCGCGGCCGCCGCCGCGCUUCGCAGGCUGGCCACCCGGGUGCUGGCCGACGAGGCCUUGGCGAGGGAGCUCGCCAGGAAGCCGGGGGUGCUGGAGGUCCUGGGCGGCGCGGGGGCGCUCGCGGAGAGCCCAGAGGGCGACGGAGCCGGGCUGUCGGCCGACGACGACGUCCCGCUGCCGUCGAUGACCCAGCUGAGACUCUAUGCCACGACGCAUUUUAUCCCGUUUGUUGGGUUCGGGUUCCUGGACAUCGGGGCGCGGUGGCGGAUCUUGGCCGGGGACUACAUCGAUUUCAAGCUGGGAUGCACCCUCGGCAUCUCCACCAUGGCCGCGGCCGCCAUCGGGAACACCGUCAGCGACGUGGCCGGCAUAUGGGGCUCGGGCUUCAUCGAGCACGUCGCCGCCCUCAUCGGGCUGCCAGGUCGGGUGGCAGCGACGUCCGUGUGCUGCCUCCGCCCCUCCCCCUCGGAGGCCUAGAGGUUGACACCAACGCCAACAUCGGCGUUGUG